AUGUCAGGUACUCCUAUCUCUUUCGGUGACCAUCCGCCUCACGGCAAUCCUGCGAACACUGGGCCCAGUACUCAGAGCACGGAUAGAGAGUCUACUGCUUCCCAUCCACCAGCGAUCAAACCCGACCCGACGACUUCAGCACCUCAUCCGAAGUUCCAUCCACCGCACGGCAAGACCGGUGGUUCGAUUGAGGAUGCCACCCAAGGAGGACAGUCCACCGCCUCUGCCGCCAGUUCCUCCGAACUCGCCGGUAAUGAAGUAGGCAACCACCGCAAACUCGCCAACCUCAACGCAACUCUCAAAAAUGGUCUACGACAGUUCCCCGAUUUUCCCGAGAAAGGCAUCUUGUUUGAGGACAUCAUGCCACUCUUCGCCGACCACGCACUACAUUCGAGUCUAAUACAAGCGCUCGAACUGAAAAUCGCCGACGUCUUCAACACCAAGCUCGGCGAGAGCAGUGACGUCGAUAUAGUCAUUGGUCUAGAGAGUCGUGGCUUCCUCUUCGGUCCUACGCUGGCACUUCGACUAGGCGCUGGAUUCGUACCCGUGCGCAAACCUGGAAAGCUACCCGGCAAGACGAUCAAGGCGACUUUCAAGAAGGAGUACGGCGAAGAUGUGUUUGAGAUGCAGGGUGAUGCUAUCAAGGAGGGGCAGAAGGUGGUCAUUGUGGAUGAUAUUAUAGCGACAGGAGGCUCGGCACAGGCUGCAGGCUCUCUCGUGCAUCAGCUCGGUGGAAAGCUACUGGGAUAUGUGUUUCUAAUGGAGCUCGACUUCCUGAAGGGUCGUGAUAAGUUGGAUGCGCCGGUGUAUACUCUGCUCAGUGGGCAGGAAGAGGCGCUCAACCAGGGAGGUGCUGUGGACGAUAAGCUACCGCUUGGCCGGACGAAAGAGAGUGCGGAGGAAGCCAGCAAGCCAGUCACUGAUGCUGGUGGUUCGGCGGCAGAGCAGAAGCCUUGA